AUGCAAGGAAAUCAAGAAGUGAAAGAGUUUUUUCAUCAGCGAGGAGAAGAUGUGAUACUAAUUACUGAAGUUACGAAGAUACAUGACCAUGGAGGUAAAAGUCAGCGAAAACUCGCAAUAACGGAUAACGAAAUCGUUUAUUUUGAUAUCAAGAAGAGUCAAGUCGAAAUACUUAGAUGUGGUGUAUGGUUUGAACUUGCUCACAUUGAUCAGUUUGAUGAGAAUGAGUGUAAACUUCUCUUCAAUACCGAAAUCUUAUUUCACUUUACUUAUAAAGAUAAAAAUGAAGUACCUUUAGCAAUUAAUUACGUGAUACAGCAACUCUUUACUAACGAUGAACAAAUCAAGCUCAAUUUUUCAAGAAAUCAUUUUCCUGAGCAUAUUCCUUCUCCUCGAUCAAUAUUUGCAAAGUUUAUGCAUAUUCGUUCAUUACAACAUAUCGAAAUACCUGAUAAUGACAUUCAAAAAUUUAAAUUAUCUUUAAUGCUCAAAAAACAUCAAAUAAACAUAACAGAAUACUCUUCAAAUACUAUUCCUUUGAUUAUUAAUACAUUACAAAUGUCGCCAUUGAUAAAUGAAGUGAUUAUUAAUGGAAACAAUGAUUAUCCAGGCUAUAAAAUAUUUUCUGAUUUAAUUGCAUGCGAAGGAAAGUUUUCACAUAUUACAAUUGAUUCAGUACCAUUUUCAUAUGAAUUUAAUACAGCUAUGGAUAUUCUUUGUAAAUUCCAAAAUCAUUUUCUUACAGGAUUAACAUUUAUCAAUACAUCACUUGGUGAAGAAGAACUAGAUUUAUUAUCACAAGCAUAUUUAAAUACAAAGAUGCAUUCUCUUGGUUUCCACAAUGCCAUUGAACAGAGCUCAAUAUUAAAGUUACAAACAUCAUUUUUACCAUCAUUAGGAUCAACAAUAACUAUGUUAACUCUUGAUAAUACUUUAGGAUUAAAUAUCAAAUCAUUUCUUAAUAAAAUGCCAAAAUUAAACAAAUUAUCAUUAUCAGGAUGUCAAUUAGAUGUCAUUGAUACUAUUAAUGCAAUAACAAGUUGUUCUAAGGUUUCAUUGAGAUCAUUGAAUUUGAAUCACAAUCAAUGUUUUAAAUAUCAUGAAUAUGAUUUACCUAAAACACUUACAACACUAUUGAUAAAUGAUAUCAAAUGGGGUCCAAGUGUUUUCCCAUCUUUUUUUGCGAAAUUGAUAUCAUUUGGAAUUCCAAAGUUUCGACUUUCUGUUUGUUCAAUUAAAAUUAGUUCAGAUGAUUGGAACUCAACAAAUAAAAUCUUUGAAACAUCAUCAGGAGAGAAUUUUCACACAUUUAUAUGGGAAAACAAUAAAAUUACUCCACAAUUUAUUAUAUUUAUGAAAACUUUAUUCCAUUUACAAGUAUUAUCAUUAAAGUCAUGUAUUAUUAGUGAUAUUCCAACAACUAUUCGUGAUUUAUCAAUCAACAUCAUCUAUUUAGUUAAUUUGAAACAAUUUAUCAUGUCUAAUUGUGAAUUAGGAUUUGAAACGAAUAUUAUUCUUAACAGUUUAACACAUCUUGAAAAUGUUGAAUAUAUUGAUGUUAGUUUUAAUUCUAUUCCAGAAGAAUGUCUUUUGAUGAUUCCACAGCUUAAAUUAUCUAUGGAACAUUUGCAAUAUGUAAUUGUUGAUGGAUCACAAAUGAAAUUAGAAACUGUUGAAAAACUUAUUGCUGAAAUUAUUUCUAAGAAUUUUCAUAUCAUUCCAUUUCCUUUGUUUGAUAUUUCAACACUUCUUGAAACAGGUUCUUUGUCACCGCAGAAAUACAUUGAUAUUGUUCGUUGUUGGAAACUUUUUGAUCAUGACAAUCCAGAAAAUACAUUUUCACAUGUUUUUGAAGAAAACUUCGAAAUUUAUUCAUUCAACAAAUACGAAUUGUUCCGAUAUUACUAUCGAACUAUCGAGGAAUCAGAAAAAUCAAUCCUUCGAUCAAAGAAAAUUAAACGAAAACCAAUGAAAGUCAAUUUUAUUGAGCAAAACCAAAUUAAUUCAUCACCAAAACAUCAAGAAUCAAAAGUUAUUCAUCAUCGAACUCGAAAUAUUAAAACGCUUGAAUCAGAUCGAUCUAAAAUAGAAGACAGAAUAUCUCUUUCAUUUCCCCUUCCUCACAUUCCAGAUCCAUCUUCUUCUAAAGAAGUAAGGAUGCUUGAGAAAAAAUAUUCAUUAUCAAAAUUGAAACCUUCUAUCAAAUAA